UUUGAGGACGGUGGCGUGCGAAAGGAAGGGUAUUGUUGUACUGCAGAGGAGAGAGUGUGAGAGUACGCUUGAGACGGGGGAAGAAAAAAUGGCCACCACCACCACCGCUGUCAACUUGGCACCGACGAAACCGGAGCCCAGAGCCAUGGAAACAAACGCUGGCCCGAAGCGACGGAAGGCCCAACCAGCGCAGCGGAUCCUCCAGCUCAUGGAAAGCCUCCAGCGAGGGAACCGCGACCCUCAACAGCAGCAGCCCCCCCCGCCGCCGGCGUCUACCGUCCCAAAAAGUAGUACCGUUGGCGGCAACAGCGUUCCUCCUGCUGUGCCCGAGCGUUCUGUGGCGGUGGGGAAGUCGGCUGCGCUUGUGCCUGCGGCAGGUUCCCCGGCCGCAGCAGGGAAAGAGAGCGGUAGGCCAAAGGCGAAGAAGCCGUGGCUAGGACGGGAGAACAUGUCCAGCGACGGGCUCCACCUGAUUGAGUCGUCGUCGGCAGAAGAGGAGGAGGAGGAGGAGGAGGAGGAGGAGGAGGCGGAGUUGGAGGAGCGCGAUGGUGCCCACCAAGAAGAUGCCAGCAAUUCAAAAACCGUGAGUGUGAGAGACGGCAAGUUGUUCGUUUGUAUAGGGUUGUUGCAUUCAUAUGAUGCGCAAGGAUCGUGCUCACACCCAUGCUCUGUGUUGUGCCCAACCACUGCCUGGAGUGCAAGGCCAACUCGGUGGCACUAG